AUGCCUAAUCUUGGAUCGAAUUCCAUACCUUGGAAUUAGAAAACAGUGAAGAAAGACUUGCUGGAUAAGAAGCAUGGUAUGCAGUCUAAUCAGAAAUCUAUGAAACCUAAACUGCUGAAAGAGCUGCUUAAAAUGAAAUCGUUGAUAGACUCUAAGAACACAUCAGUGAGAAAUUAUCAACCACCGCCCAAUUCAUCAGCAAAAGAAAUUGAUUUAUUAAAAUAAAUAAAUUAUGAACAAUAGUUCUUUAUGCAUUUUAUUUUUUCAGUAAUCAAUAAUAUAAUUAAAUAGAUAUUAUCAAAUCCUUACUUAAAAUAAUAAAUCAAAUAAUUGAUUAUUAAAGGAUAAUUGAUGGUAGGCAGGUAAUUAAAUAAAAAUAAGAACUAAAAUAUAUCAAAAAUUUCUUUAAAAUUCAUCUAUUCUUGA